AUGGCUGCCAACACAGAAAAAGAAUACACCCCCCGAGCAUGCCUGACUCUCCUCGGCGCCUUCACGGGCAUGUUCUGCACUGUCGGCUUCGUCAAUUCCUUUGGCGUCUUUGAGACUUACUAUGCCAAAUACCAGCUGUCCGACGAGUCUGAAUCCACCAUCGCAUGGCUCGGAGCCGUCGCUAUUUUUUUCAUCUUUUCCAUUUCCAUCAUCUCAGGUCCUCUGCUUGAUCUUUUCGGUCCGGGUAUGAUGCUCUACAUGGGCGCCCUAGGAACCGUCUUCUCCAUCAUGAUGACUUCUCUCUGUCGUGAAUUCUACCAGUUCAUCCUCGCACAGGGCAUUCUCAUGGGCAUUUCUAUGGCCCUCAUAGCCCCUCCCAUGCUGGCUCUCGUUGGCCAACAUAUCAAGCGUAGCCGCGGUGCUGCCAUGGGAAUCGUAAUCGCCGGAUCGUCACUCGGAGGUGUCAUCUGGCCAAUUGCGAUAAACGAGUUACUCCAGAAACCGAAUCUCGGGUUUGGAUGGACGAUGCGCAUCGUGGGCUUUAUCAUGUUGCCUCUGCUGUUGAUUUCGUGUUUGUGUUGUCGUCCUCCAUCGACCUCGACAGAUACAUCUACAUCGACAACUCCAGCAGAACGACAGGAAUCACCAGCUAAACCUCCCAAAACCGACUUUUCCAUCCUCCGCCAGCCAUCACUGCAACUAUCCUGUCUUGCUUUUUUCAUCAUCUACUUUGGCAUGUUCUCGCCUUUCUUCUAUACAACCUCCUACGCCGUGGCAGAGGGCUUCUCCUCCAACCUAUCUUUCUACACCAUCUCCAUCAUCAACGGCGGUUCACUAUUCGGACGCAUCCUCCCUGGCAUCGUGGCUGAUAAAUACGGCAAAUACAACUGCUGCAUCGUGGCGACGUUUGUUUCUGGCAUUAUCGCGUUGUGCUGGACAAAGGUUACUUCUGUGGCUGGGCUGGUGAUUUUUUCUGCGGCGUAUGGCUUUGCGGCUGGGGGCAUUCUGUCUCUUCAGCAGGCUUGUGCGGUGCAGAUUGCUACGCCGUCGACUAUGGGGUUGGCGAUUGGGUGUAUCAUGGCGUCGACUUCGCUUUCAGGAAUGGCCGGAGUCCCAAUCAGCGGCGAACUAGCUGGGAAAUACGGCUAUCUGGCGCUGUCCAUCUACUCCGGGAGUACAAGAUGGGAGGCUGUUUAA